AGAGCCAUUGAGGUCUUUUCAUUGUGCCUAUUAUUUUUCUGUUGGUCUCGCACGGGCCCUCACCAUGAAGGGUUUCCCAGCCGUCCUCCUCAUCUGGACUCUGAUUUCUCCCAGCAGCAGUGGCGGAGGCAGCGGGGAAGCCUGGCCCACACAUGUGGCCUGCAGGAAUGGAGGCCUGGAAGUGCUCUACCAGAGUUGUGAUCCAUUACAGGAUUUUGGCUUUUCUAUGGACCAGUGUUCCAAACAUUUAAAAUCAAAUCUCAACAUUAAAUUUGGAAUUAUUCUGAGACAUGAUAUCAAAGAGCUGUUUCUUGACAUAGCUCUUAUCUCUAAAGGGUCAUCUAUUUUGAAUUUCUCCUAUCCCAUCUGUGAGGAGGACCAGCCCAAGUUUUCUUUCUGUGGAAGAAGGAAAGGAGAGCAGAUCUACUAUGCCGGCCCGGUCAAUAAUCCUGGAGUUGAUAUUCCCGAGGGAGAAUACCAGGUUUUGCUGGAGGUAUAUACUGAAAAUCGUUCCAUCGUGGCCUGUGCCAAUGCUACCAUCAUUUGCUCCUGACUGUGGCCUGCAGCAAGAAUCACAGCAAGCUCCAUCUCAGGAGAACUCCAGGCUCCUCAGGCUGAUCCUACCAUGUAAGAAGAACCAGCCCAUGACAGGGAGAGCCCUUACAAAGGACUGCAGCUACUGAUUUUAGCCCCAGGACCAGAUGGCUCCAGACUCCUGGCUCCAGAUAUAAGGAAGCCUCUCCCUCCCCCCCAAAUUAUCUGCUUCUAAAGAGCCCUUUGGUAGUCACUAAGCAGUCUCUAGGGUCAACCCUUCUUCUCUAAUUAGUCCCCUCACACCAGACUCACCUACUUAGCAACUCCUUAGAGCACCUGCUCAUAGUUACUGAGAAUAAAGGGAGCCAGCCCGACAUUGUUCAUUUUGCCCUUUGUUCAAAGAAUCUUAGUACAGUGCUAUAGUUAAAAAGUCAUUUCCUCCAGAUGCUAGCAUGGCAUUAAGCAGUUCUAAGAAAUCCAGGAAGAUGACAGCCUGAUUAAAGUUAGAGCACUGGGGAAGCAUGCCAUUGCCUCUCCCAGGCAGGUGCCCAUCCUUGGACCAUGAUGGCCACAAAGCUGAUGCAACCUCACGGACAGUGACAACAGAGACUCUCACCCAAACUCUCAUCUCUCCUUCAUCCCCAAUGCAUGAUGACACCUGACCUCAGCACACUAUGGCACUCGUUACUGCGUUCACCAAUUCACUCAAGGAGUAACUGCUGAACACUUAGUGUGUCAGGCACUUGCCUCUCAAGAAAUGAGCAAGUUGCCCAUCCUUUAGCCAGAGCCAUUUCGGAAGCCCCCAUCUUCUCCUCUCGUGGGAUGUGCAGGUCAUGCGGUGGGUUUCACAUCCCUUUUGCCAUCCUAUGCCCCCCUGCCCUGCCCUCUCCUUCCACUGCCACUGGGCCUGAUCCUAAUAUCUGGCUCUCUUGCUCCUGCUAAGGGGCUGGAGUAGGAUGGGUGGGUGGACUUUAUCAUUUGCAUGUCUUUUAUAUUCAUAAAAGUGCUACUAUGUUAGAGAUUAAAAGAGGAAGAAAUUCCAUAGUUGAAAAAAACGUUACUUGCUACUGAUGACUAGACAUACGUAAUGAAACCACCUGGAAUAGCAGGCUUUUAAUGGUUGGUGAAUCUGAACUUUGGAAUCAGCACCUGGCCAGGCACAGUGGCUCACAUCUAUAAUCCUAGCACUCUGAGAGGCUGAAGCAGGAGCAUUGCCUCAGGUUAGGAGUUCUAGACCAGCCUAAGCAAAGUGAGACCCUGUCUCUACAAAAAAAAAUUAGGAAAAUUAGCCCAGCGUGGUGGUGUGCUACUAUAGUGCCAGAUAUUUAGGGCAAUGGGCAGGAGAAUCACUUGAGCCCGGAAGUUUGAGGCUGCAGUGAGCUAUGAUGAUGCCACUGCCCUCUAGCCUGGGCAACAGAGCAAGAACCUCCCAAAUAAAUAAAUAAAUAACCAGCAUCUGAGGUAUUCUGCAUUAUGAGGGGGAUAUUAUAGGAGCAUCCUUACCCGGGCCUAUGGUGCUCAGGAGAAAAGAUGCACAUGGUCAUGUCCGGCUCCAAAACAAACCUCUGAGUACACACAGGGGUGAUACUGUUAUGAACGGAAACAGCAAAGGAUUGUUACCCCUGGCCAUUUCUUCUAGCUGGGAACAUGCACCUGCUCCUUUGUCAAUAGCAUCCCUAACAGUAGUAAAGGCCCUGGGUAGCUUCUGUACUUGUAAGUCCCAACAGUGCAGGACAGCUGUCACAGCCUUCCCAAGGCACCAGCAGAACUCAACUGUUCCCUUUCUAGUCUCUUUGCCCUCUUUUUUAAAUUAAAAGUUUGUAUGCGUGUGUUGUAUGCAAGAGGGAGAGAGAGACAAAGAAGAUAAAGGUCGGGGGAAACAUGUCAGAGGCUGUAGGUUUGGAUAAUAUGGAACAGAUCCUAGUUAUAGUGAAUACACUCAACACACAAGUACAUAGAAGUCUCACUAAGGACGUGAUUUGAGAGAAAAAGAAAAUGGUUCUUUGCCCCCAAAUAUGUCUUUUUUUUUUUAAUGUCUGUAAAUUUCACCUUUAGUUUCAUUCCAGUCAAUUAAGAAAAUAUUGCAAUGUUCAGUAGUCUCCUACGAAAUACAAACAGCUCUGGUAGGAGAAAUGCCAGAGUCAUUAUGAUUAUUUAACACCCUGGCAUAACAUAGAAACAUAGAUCGGGUUUGGGUGGCAGCCCUGGGAGCAGGGAGUGUUGGAGGAGGUGAGAGACUCCCAGCCAGGCUCUCUCAGGCCAGCCAACCAUGUGGUGUCUGGGGCAGAGUCAGAGGGCCCGCACAGUCUAAAAAAAAACGUAAAUGGACUUCUCUUCUUAGGAAGAGAAUUUCUGCUAUUUCAAAUAUUGCCAUCAAGAACUCCAAACGUUUGUCCUCAAUAAACUUCCCUAAAGGGAAAAAGAAAAAAAGUAACGGUUUGGUUCAGAAUUGUACCAGGCUGCCAGAACUCUCAAAGAACUCUUUUGAAAAUUGAACCAUUCCAAUCAUUUUGGUGUCCACUGACCCUUCUCUAUAUGUUAAGGGAAAUUUCAAUCCUUCUGUAUGGAACUGCUUUUUUCUUUCUUUCUUUUUUUUUUUUUAAGGAAAUUCUAGCUUCGUUAGGCUAGGGUCCUAACGAAGGCUAGGCAGAAUAUAGAAGAGCCCCUUGGAUAGUGGUUGCAUCACUGAAAACAUUUGGCUAUGACUAACAGAAUGCAACUCAACUUGGUUUAAACAUAUGGGAACUUGGUUAGCUCCUGGGACUGCCAAGCCCCGAGGUGCUUCAGACGUCAGCAAGGUCUGCUGUGGAGGCUCAUACGUCAUCAGCCCUUCACCUGCAUUUCUCUGCCAUUCUUCCACCUCGGGUCUCCCUGAAAAUUUGUUUCACCUUCAGGCAGUCCUAUAAUAGCAAGUUGUUUCAGUAGUUGAAGACCUCACAUCCUCACUGUCCACAGCACAGUGGGCUAGAGACACUUUUACCCAAAUCCUUGCCAUGCAUUCUGAUUACAGUGGCUUGGGUCAUAUAAUCACCAAUCACUUUGAUCCUGUGCUGAUUGGCUUGGCCUAAGUCACAUGCUCCAUCCCUGAAGCUGAAUCAGAAUUAGUUCCACUGAAACCACACAUUUGGAAACAGGAGGAGUUGCAAAGGGGUAAAGGGAGAGCAAGGGACAUAAUAAUAAUAAUACUGGAAGUCAAGGGUUUAUAUAGAAUUAGGGCAGCUUUUGAGUUCUGGUUCUCUCCUAACUCUUCACUGGGCACGUGACUUACAUUUCAUAACCCCCAGUUUCCUCAUCUGUAGUAUUACCUUGCAGAGAUACUAUGAGAAUUAAGUAAAAGAAAGCAUGUAAAAUACCAAGAACAGUGCCUGGCAUGUCACACAAUAAAAGUGAGUUGUUACAUGUUAGGGUGAGCGGGUGUUCACCUGUAGAGCUCCUUUCCCUAACUUAAGCUCUCUUAUGUUCCUAUUUUAUUGGAGCAAACCUUUGUAGAACCCUCACCCACAACCCCACAUUCUCUGUCCUGAAACGGUUCCUUGGAGUCGUGAAGGACUAAAUGUAACAUCUGCAAAUGUAACAACUAUGUCUGCCUUCAGAAAAAAUAACCCAAAAUAGCUAGUGAGAAAACAGAAAGGGCCACGUGCUGAUUACAGCCCCUACUCCUUAGGGAGGGGAGUUUGUCAUCUCAGCAGUCCCAUUUCAGAUUUGAAUUGGCUGUAUUUUUCGUAGCCAGUAAAACAAGUUUCUCUGUCUAAUUCCCAUUUUAUCAGAGUUGUUUCACAUCUAGUUUGUAUGCAGUAAAUGUCUUCAGGGGUUCUCUUUGGAAAGGAAGACUUCAGCUGCCUUCAAAUGCUCCAGCCUGAAAUAUUCUUCACCCCUCGUAUCCAGCUUUCCUUUAACAUGUGUGACAAAACCAGAUGUUUUCCUCCAAAAUCUCAGUCUCCUUGCUGCUAGACAUAAGAGUGUAUGCAUGAAUGUUUCUUUAGCGACAAACAAUGAUUCAUUCUGCCAGCCAAUAUUUUCUGGUUUUGCCUGAAACCCAACCAAGGAUGGAAACACAGAAAACAUCCACACCACUGGAGCCUUGCUCAUUUCCUUGUGGCUUUCUCUCCUUUUCUUCCACUGAAAGAAAAUUUGAGAAAUGGCCAGAGAAUAUUAUUGACAGGAUUGAGGGGGUGUAACAAGGUUUCCCCAGGCUCAUGAGCUCAGCUGGUGUUCAAAUCCAUCUGAUUCCAAAUCCAGGCUUUUUCUAUCUGAUGUUACCUUGGCCAUUUGGUUAGAGACUAUGUAUAUUAAUGAUAAAGGCAAAAUUUAUUGUGGGCUUGCUGAAUUUGUUAACUCAAGCAGCAAAUAAGCUACCGUAAAACCAAAGGAAGGCUGACAAAGGGUUAGAUUAACUUACGGAUGAGGGCACUGCAGGCAGGGGAGAUCGUGGAUGUUUAAGGAGUGCUGAACUGCUGAGUUUCCUGAUUCACUCAUGCUCUUCAAUAAAAACUUUGUUCACUCACUGUCAAAACCACCAGGAUGGAUAGGUGACCAACAUAGUUUGGCCUUUUCACUUUCAGCUUCCUUUCCUUUCCUUUCCUUUUCCUUC